AUGACCGACGACCGGAGUGAGGACGAUCCGAUAAUGGACUUUUGGUACAGUAGUUGGGAACAGCAAUGUGUUGAGUCAAUCGAGGCCGAGCCUGAUUAUGAGGGGCAGCUGCACAAUGAGAAGGAAGUCUAUUCGCAGCAGAUGUGGGCGAGCUUCCAGACCACAGCGUCAGCCAUCGCCCAGCUGUACAAAGAUCGAACGUUGGGUGUAUCUUUGUGGGUACCGUUUCAGACUGCUGCUGGUACUGUCACGUCACUGUACAAAGAUUCCAUCGAUAGUAUGAGGCGUUGUAGUGAUCUGGGAAUAGAAAUGGGAAAACAAAAGCGUAGCAAAGAAAUUCUGAAUUGGGCAAGGAAAAAAAGACGUAUGAUACGCAGAGAAGAUCUUCUUGCAUAUUUGGCUGGUAGACCACCGCCACCUCGACCACAUUCGCACAGAAGUUCACCUAAGCCGCGUAUGAUGGUGUGUGGCUCUCCUCCAUCACAGAGUCCAACACCGAGUAUGGUUGUUGCUCCAACACCAACACUAGGCAGCAAUCCAGAUCCCGACUUGCACACAUUUAGAGAGGCCAUUGCAUUAUCUGGUUCACCGAUGUCUCGACGUAGCGGACGACAAGCUGAACUGUCGGCCUUUAUUAGCAACGAACUCGCUCGGAAUCAUAAACGGCCUGCUUCACACGACGUGGAUAUGGGAUCCCCUACGCACAAACGUACGCGCUUUAUGUAACGGCGCGCGACAUGUAAGGUAGUUUUACUCCCUUGAUCCCUGUUAAUUAAUUGAUCAAUUCGUAAUUAAAUAGUUCAGCUCCCCUAUAUAGCUCUCCCGGUUACGUAUAAUUGUUUGAGGAAAAUGGUAGUGGUUCAUACUGCCAGAUAAGCACGUUCGUAUGUAUCUCCGUUACUUUCUACUGCCAAUAUUAAUUUACAUGCCGUUCAAAAAUUAUUCAACUUCAUAAUACUUGUGUGUUUGUAGAUCAUAGAUUACAAGUCGAUUACACGGAUAGAUUACACAGUGCUCGAAUAAUUUAAUUUAUGAAUUAGCUUUUUUCCCUUAACAAAAUGAUGAUAUAUGCCAACGUUUCAUUUCUGAUUGUUCUAAUUUCUCAUGAAAGUGAUUUUAUAAGGGAGCUUAUGAGUGCGAUUUAAUUAUGUAUAUUAUGUUACCAGUACAUAUAGAGUCAUACAAGUGAGAGCGCACGAACGUGUCUUAAUACUGUUUAAAGUGCCCACACUUUAAAGUGCGAUGAUUGAUCUUAUUUUAUGUGCAAAAGUUUGUAUACGAUUGUCAUUUUGUCAAUCUGUAAAUCAAUUUGCAAGGAACUAGCCAGACGCAUAACAUCAAUCUGAAAUACUAAAUCUUUAUAUGAACAGGAUUGAUAUUGAAGUAUAUCGAAAUUCAUAGCGGCUGGUAGACAUCCUAUUUAUCAAUCGUUCUCGUCGGCCUGCUACAUCACAUAUGGGUGAAAUUCUCGAUAGAUAAAACGAAAAAUAUUCUUUCGCUAUAAGCUGAUGACAAUUCGUGUAAAAAAAAACAGGGGGAGAAAAGAAAGAGAGAAGAUACGAUUGUACUAUAUUUGUUCUCAAUUCAAAGAAUUGUUUAGGUCGUUGAUUAUAAUAUUGUUGUUAUUAUAUCACGAGAAUAGGCAAUUAAUUUUCUGACUGCUUUUUGGCAAAAUAAUAUAAAAUAUUGUGUGAAUAUAAAAACAUUUUAUAUUAUUUGCAUCGUUGAUAACUGUGAAGGUAUAUCAAUGAUAUUACUCGCAAUGUAUGCAUUUUUUAAAUUUAUUAUAUAGGAAUAUGUAUCUCUUGCAAAAGUAUUAUUUUUUUAUGUAAUUUUUAUAUUUGUUAAUGCUGAAAAUAUGUUUUUCAUUUGAGAGUAUAAAAAAAUUUAAUUUAUAUAUAUCGUUGGACCAAAUGCAUUAAGAAACUAAGAAUCUAUGUUAAGAAAUCUUUAAUGUUGUAAUCAAUUUUAGCAAUACGUUGCGGAUAAUUACAUUGACUCACUUCAUAGAUACAACGAAAAAAAUUGGAUUAUUAACAUGUCAUGAAUAUGUCAAUAGAAUUAAGAAUAGUGCGAUAAUAAGAAUUGUUCUAUUUUUAUCGCACUCUAAACUUUAUUUACCGAAUAUUAUUGAUUUUUGUUUUCCUAAAUUCUUGUUAAUAUGUCUUAAUGUAUAGUAUAUUAUUGAACUACUAUCAUUUUUGUAUAAUAUCUAUUUAAUUAUAUAUAUUGUUUAUGUUACUUG